AUGAUUUCAGAUUUGCAAGCCUUGGAAAUUAAUGAAACAAAUUUCGAAGAUUUUGAAGAUCAAGAUUAUUAUAAACCUUUCGAACAAUUGAUGUUUGUUUUGCCUAUUAAAAGUCAAGGACUUUUACCAGUAGCAUAUCAG